AUGGCAGCACAAGAAUUCGCAGAUGAAUGCAGUAAUAGGGAACUAGAAAAUAGAAAUAAAGUAGUAGGAACAUCAAGAGAUGAGGUGGUAGAGGAACAAAUAGGUGAAAAUUCAAAAGGAAAGAAGAACCAGUUAAGAAACGAUGAUAUACAAGAAGAUGGACGAAGAACAGAAGAGAUGAAAGGAAAUAGUGGACAACAGAAGAAUAUUUCGAGUGUUCUAGAUUCAUUGAUUAUCAGUCCAGUAACUAAUCCGAUGAAUGAUCAACGAAGAAGAGAUGAGACAGAAGAUGUGGUAAAUGUACAAGGAACUUUAACAGGUUUAGGAAGAGUGGCUGAGACGUCUAAUAACUCAACGUUUAUUGAAUUGACUCAUAAGAAAUGGAUUCAUAAUUUGCAGUCCGCUGUUUUGAAGAGUAACUUAGUGCAAUUUAAUGUAUUGAAUCAAGAAUAUCAAAAGUGGUGUGGCAAAGAAGGGACAAGUCCUAGAGAAAUUGAAUUAUAUGACCUGGAUUUCGACACUAUAAUGGAAAGUCCGACGGUGGUAGAUAAGUCAGAGAAUACAGUUGAUGCACAAGAAGAGAUCGUGACUGGUCGUACGAAAGCUGUACAUCCUCAAAGCGAUAGAGGAAUGGCUAGCGGGGUGAUAAGAAAUGGUAGAGGAGGUUAUAAAGGACAGUUUUAUGAUCCUAAUUACCAAAGAAAUCAAAGAUUCUCGAACAGUCAAUUUGGAAAUCAAAAUCAGAACUUUGGACAAAAUCAACGGUUUUCUACUAAUAAUAACCAUGGUACUCACCCGUAUAAUAAUAAUUUUAAUAAUGGGAAUUUUGGUAACAAUAAUGGUCAUGGGACGUAUGGAAGAGGAAGUGGAUCCUUUAUGAGAGGGAGUGGCCAUGGAGGUCAAGGCGGGGGUAGGAGUUUUGCAGGAGAAAGGCCGGCGAUAGGAGUUGGUAGUUUUCAUAGAGCAAUGGCCCAAAAACCGAAUACUGGAAAGAGUAAUGGGAGUGGUAAUGGUCAAUUGUCAGCGUCUGGCUCGAAGUGA